AUGAGUUGUCUUAACAAGUCCUCUGGACCACACGAUGGCUGCCCUCAAACCGUUAACCAAACCUACACCGCAGACCACUGCGCCAUGAACGACCAGAAAGUCAAUAUGACUAUCACCAUCAACACUGCCGCAGUACGCCGGGAGGAACAAAAUCUACAUCCUGCUCAAAAGCAAGCCACCGAACAAGCUCACGCUCCGGCCCAGACCCAGGCCCAGACUCAACCCCCGCAGACAUCGACGGAAGUUCCCUCACAACCAGGUAUAAACGGUCGACAAAAUCAACCGCUGCUACCAGCACCGCCCGUGCGAAUCCGGUCUGGUGAAGAAAGAGCCAAACCCCGCGAAGAAGAAGCCAAGUCUCGCAAGGAUGCAAGAGCCAAGUUGCGUGAUGAAGCAGAAAAUCUACUCAACCAAGCAGAAAGGCUCGUCAGGAAGAAUCCAAGCUACGCGCAGCAGCAUCCAAAACCCAUGAAGAAGCGUCCAAGGCCAAUUUACGCGAAGAAGCAAACAGGCUACGCGACAAUGCAGACAAGCUUCGCGAAGGAGCAGACAAGCUAUGUGUAG